AUGUUCCUGCAGGACCAUGUCUGGGUGCCUUUGGAGCUUGCCCAGAUCAGCGAACUAUGGAAUAUGACCUAUCUCUUCUGUGUUUCUCCAGCUAUCUUUGCUAUUAUUCCUAUGAUCCUAUAUCCAGUACCAUGGCCUAGUCCAACUUUCAGAUCCAAACCAGAUAUAUACGUGCUCUCACAUCUCUGCAUGGUAAUGCUAGCACUACAGCACCAGGAUACAUACCUUCUCGGUAGCGAUCCCACUCUUGUCGGCAAAAGUUCCAUCCUAGUAUACAAAACCGUAUUUUAUUCAGUGCUGGGCUUUUACAUUAUAUUCACAGUGGGGACCUUCUCGCUGUACAUCUGGAGGGCAAGGCGAUCGCAAGAACGCUCGUUAAGGGAGCGGUCAGUGUUUCUGCUCACGUUACAGGUGGUUGGUGGGUUCAUAUUCGGCUGUUGCACCCUAUGCCAUAACGCCAUACCACUAUUCCCGUGCUUUAUUGACUUUUGGCUGUUGUACAUUGGAUACAAUAUCUGGCUAUAUGCAUUUGGGCUUCGCGCUUUGCGGUUUUACAUUCAGGCGCGCUCACAUACUGCGAUUGGGCAUGAGGUACGGGAUAACCCUAUUCGGCCAGGAAAUUUACACCAGUAUCUGGACCGGUUGCGUGAGAUAGGCGGGCAGAGAUAUUUACAGUCGUCCUACAACCUCAACAAGUCACAGCCAACAAUCAGUUCGACAAAUGGACAGCGCAAACACUCUCUCGCAAUGUCGCUUCAAAGCGUUCACAAUCUGCAUAGGCAUCGGCCACCACUCCCUGAUACGGUUGACACAAAUAAUUCGACCAACCUAGCCGCUAUUGUCAUCGAGCCUGCGGAAAUCGAGCAGAGGAGCAGCAGUCAUGGAUCUCACAGCGGGCGUGUAUCGAUAUCCUCUCGACUCUGCUGUAACAGCAAAGAGCUGUCCCUUCGGCAAAAGAAUGCUAGCCGAAGUCGCGUUUUAACCGUGCUAGCCCGUGGCAUCAUGUCAAACCGAGUAGUGGGGAAGAUACUCCUGAUAUUAUUGGUGCUUCUGGCGAUUGGUCUCUUGUUCGGAAAUAUCUUUUCGCCUUUACUGGCUGUCCGUCCGAUGCACUACAACUGCGUUAGAGCAUGGGUGAUGUUGCCUCUAGCCAUCUUUUCUGGCAUUUACUACUUCAUCGCUUGCCCUAUUCUCCUUGCGCUUAUCUGGCGAUACCACGAUGCAUAUGGAAUUAGAAACUCCCUUAUCAUCUGCGUUGUGACUGGGAUGUUACAAUAUCCUAUCGUCAUUGUCUGGGAAUUUGCGAUUCAGCCAAUCAACCACUACAUUUCCCCUUUAUUCUUCACGUGGGCUCAGAUGUUUAUCAUCUACAUACAGUCGAUUGUCGUCCCACUGGUUGAGUCGUUUUAUAUUGCCUACCGAGAACGCAGGAGGUCGAGCAUGAAUGACACAGACCAGUUGAUCGACGAGUUCCGACGUCCAAGCCGGCUGCCCAUCACGGCUAGACGGCAAUCGGGAGCAACUAGAGAGGGUUUUUAUGCAGCUCUACAGGAUCCGGAAGAGCACGAGAGACUCAAACAGUUUGCAGUGCGUUGUUUUUGCAGCGAGCUGAUGUCCUUCCUCGACGCUUACGCGGCACUCAAAGCCAACAUCCAUCUUGACCUCAAAACCCAUUCAACGCCCGAGCAGAACACGAACUUGAGGCCGCUAUCUGGCUCUGUUAUAUCGUCGUUUGAUACCCUGCAGCCUCCGACGACGACUCCAAAUCUACAUGUCACGUGUUCUAUAUCAGGAACUGGUCGCAGCCAUGCAUCCCAAGAUGUCGUUGCUCCAUUUUUGUUCGACGACACACUGAGAUCGGAAUCUCCCGAAUCAAGGCUGACAAGGCCGUCAUCGUUUGGGAUUGGACUUACUGAUAUUACUACUGGCAUCGUGCAAACCAUGGCCAGGGCAUUUCCGCGACUAGUCAUUGACGACUCGACCACCAUUUCUGAGAGAAUCCGCGAGCCUGUUUCUGCCAUACUGACCACAUUCAUACUUCCCGAAUCAUCGUUGGCGAUAAACACGUCUAGCCAAGUCAUCAGAGUUGCACAAGACUACUUGGAUGGGGGCACAAUCACGAUGAGCUGCUUUGACAAGCUGAAGGAUGACGUUCUUGAUAUGCUCUACUCAAACGUGUAUCUCCGCUACAAAAAUAAAUGAC